UGUGUGCAACCUCCAGGCUGACUAAUACCGUAACAUCUUCUCUUUCCCAUGUAUGCGUCUGGGCGCAGGGGCGAGGGACAUCGAUAUGAUGAGUUACUCGUUGGUUAAGACAUUUCCUGAAGAUGAUUCAAAGUCGAAGGUUAUGCCGCCUUGGAGCCUAAGGAGGCAUUUCAUCGGGUUGCGGAGUGCUUCAGAAGCUUGCUGCGCCCUCGUAAGAAGCAGCUGAGUAAAGGCUAUAUCAAUGAGAAUAGGGA